AUGGCCAGACUCACGACAUCCGUGCAAACGCCAAAUAGUGGGAGGGAGGUGUGGUGUGUAGCUACCUCCUUGGCCCAUAUCCGCCACGGGCUAGGAUGCUCUACGAAUAUGCAGGUUGGCAUGAAGAGGACGAGCAUCAACGGCCCCAACGCCAACGCCAACCACGAAGCCAGCAAGCCUUGGUCUCCAGCUUCCAGCUCCCCCCGGCCGCCGCCGCCGGCCCUCAGCUCCAUAGUAUAUCCGGUCAUGGAGGGAACAGGGCCCCGUUGGGAGAGGAGAGGGAGAGGAGAGGGAGCAAGAUGCAUGGAGAUCCGGGUGAGGCGAGGAGGAGACCUGGAAGCCGGCCCAAGAUGCAUGCACCGCGCACCGAGGCUACCUUAA